AUGGCGGAGCCGGCUGCCGUGCAUGCAAAGCUUCAGGGGCCGCAGAGAACAUGUUCUCCGUUUUACAACCCUGCGGGGAUAUAUGUCCCAGAGUUCAGCUGUGACGAUGACGUGUACCCAUACUGCUGCGGGGUGUGCGACAACAAGUACUGUUGCCGUGACAACUCAAGUCUCAUCUGGACCGACUGCGACCAGCCAAGACUCCCAUUAAGCCUGAUCAUUCAGCUCGGGUUUGCGGUGGUUGCCACCCUGUUCCUUGUGGUUCUCUUGCUGGUCGCUGGGUGGUGUUGCAAGAGAUGCAGAACCAAGAAGGGGCCAGUAGAAGAGAGCGACGAAGAGGAUGACAUCGACAGCUUUGGCAGCGGCAGAAGAGCGCAGUAUACGAGCGCACGACGCCAUGGGUUCUACGCGCCCCCUACCAGAUCGAGUGGGUACAGCAGCCGUCGUCCGUGUCCGUGCGGUUCGCCCGUUCUCCCUGCGCAUGCCCAGUUCUGUUACCAUGGCUACAUGAAUCCUGUGACGUACCCCUAUCGGUCCCCACACGGAUACCACGGGAAACAGGCAGCACAGACUAUCGUUCUGCAGGACUUCUGAAGAAUCAGACUUCCCUCCUUGGUUGUCCAGUCAUGCAGUAGCCGGGGAUAGAGUUGAUUCAGCUCACCAUGUAAUGAGAAGACCAGAAAAAAAUUACUUUAAUAGAAAGUCGCCUUGAACACGCAUUGAAUCAAUCUAUGUGGCUUUUUUUUCACACAAAACCAAAACAAGAUAGAAACUCAUUCAACUACACAAAA